UGAAUGACAAGUUCCUAUUAAUUUAUAGUGCCGUGGCUUUUGGCUUCUGAUUGGUCCGUUUUGGUAAACAGGAAGUAAAACAGCGACACGAGUCCAACCUUCUCAUCAUCGUUAGCUCACUGGGCUACUGUUUUAUUUGGCGAGUGCACCUGAACAUUUCAAACAGGAGGGGACCGACUGGCUGCCGACAUGUCAAGCAAACGAGCCAAGGGAAAGAACACCAAGAAGCGUCCCCAACGGGCUACCUCCAAUGUGUUUGCAAUGUUCGACCAGUCUCAAAUCCAGGAGUUCAAGGAGGCUUUCAACAUGAUAGACCAGAACAGGGAUGGUUUUAUUGACAAGGAAGACCUGCAUGACAUGUUGGCUUCAUUAGGUAAAAACCCCACGGAUGAAUACCUGGAGGCAAUGAUGAAUGAGGCCCCUGGUCCAAUCAACUUCACUAUGUUUUUAACCAUGUUUGGAGAGAAACUGAAUGGCACCGACCCUGAGGAUGUGAUUCGCAAUGCCUUUGCUUGUUUCGACGAGGAGGGAACUAGUCUGAUCCAGGAAGAGUUCCUCCGCGAGCUCCUCACUACCAUGGGCGACAGGUUUACAGAUGAGGAAGUGGACGAGCUCUUCCGCGAGGCCCCCAUUGACAAGAAAGGCAACUUUAACUAUGUGGCGUUCACACGCAUCCUAAAGCACGGUGCCAAAGACAAGGACGAUUAGCCGCGCUACUUGAGGGGCUUCAUUCUGUCACGACUGGAAGGUUCUCAUUUAGCUUCCAUUGCGCUUCCUCUUCUUCUUGGAGCUCAUUUGCACAUGUGUGGGAACAUCACUAGGGGUCUGUAUAAACUUGAAUAUGUGUAUUCAUAAAAAUGGCACUGAUGGUUUUCUGGGAGAUGAGGUGCAGAAGCCAACAUGGAUAAAAAAAAGGAAGCUGCUGCUGUCAUUGUUUUAAUAAAAUGCUUGCAUACAUAAA